CCUCCAUUAGUGUUGACCGACCAGGCGAUGUAAGCGAUGACACAUAUAUAAGCUACAAUCGAAUCUCCAAGUGCUAUAUAUAGAGCUCUGUAUAUGAUAAUUUAUCAAAUCAGUACUAGCAAUUUUAUUUCUUUCUUGUUUAUUCAUAUAUCAAAAAUGGCUAACAAUGAGGUGAUUUUGUUGGAUUUUUGGCCUAGCAUGUUUGGCUUGAGGCUGAGGAUUGCACUUGCUGAAAAAGAGGUUAAAUAUGAGUACAGAGAAGAGGAUUUGCCGAACAAAAGCCCUCUGCUUUUGCAGAUGAACCCUAUUCACAAGAAAAUCCCUGUUUUGAUUCACAAUGGUAAACCGAUUUGUGAGUCUAUUAUUGGAGUUGAGUAUAUUGAUGAAGUUUGGAAGGAUAAAGCCCCUUUGCUCCCUUCUGAUCCUUAUGAGAGGGCACAAGCUAGGUUUUGGGCUGACUACAUUGACAAGAAGUUUUAUUGGGCUUCAAGGAAGCUGUGGACAACAAAAGGAGAAGAGCUGGACGCAGCUAAGGAAGAGUUCAUAGUAUGCCUCAAAGUUCUGGAGGGAGCACUAGGAGACAAGCCUUAUUUUGGAGGGGAUAACUUUGGUUUUGUGGAUAUUGCUCUCAUUGGGUUCUACUGUUGGUUUAGUGCCUAUGAGACUUACGGUAACUUCAGCACAGAGGCUGAGAGCCCAAAGUUUGUCGCUUGGGCCAAGAGGUGUAUGCAGAGGGACAGUGUGGCUAAGUCUUCGCCCGACCAACAUAAGGUCCUCGAGUUUGUGAAAGUUGUUAGGCAGAGGCUUGGAAUUGAAUAAAAAUAUGCUUAUGCAAUUAUGCAUCAUAAUGUAUUGAAAAAAGGCACUUCAUUGUGCCUUCUUGUGUUGUUGUUUCAAGACUUUAAAAUGUUUGUUUGGUCAUAGUGUAAGUUCUACUUGCACUUGUAAUAAAGGAGUCUUAGCCUGUGACUUUGUUUAGUGUGGCUUUUGUUGUCCUUGUAUGUAAUUGUGGAGCUUCUCCUCUUUGUAAUGAUAAGUAAUUAAUUCUUCACGGGCA